AUGGCCACAAGCAUCGUGCCUCCAGGCACUGCCAAUGCCCUGCGGAACUUUCGAGAUCGGGGCUGGUCAUCCCCAGAAGCGUUUCUGGCACAGGCACCAAACCCGCUGCAGAGUUCAACGCUGCGACUGCGGUUGCUUACCAGGCUGAUGAGGAUUUCUUCGUCCCACCUUCCCAUGGAGGCUGUGGAGCAUAACUUGGACUGGGUGAUCAGCCUGGGCAGGGGGUUGAAACUACCUGCCGCGGAGUUUUCUGAGUUCACUGCCGACCUGCCCAGCUUGCAGCGCAUUGUGAUUGCACUGGUCCGCUUGGAGGCGCCUCCAGCGGCAGCCACUGCUUCGGACGCACAGCAGCAACGUCUCAAGCACAGUGCACGGCGCGUGGCCGAUGUACUGCAGGCCAUCGAGGAGCUGCCAGAGGUCUCACUCGCCUUCCAGUAG